CUGGCCGGAGCUCGGACAGCACAGUCGCAGCCAUGCCGGCGACCAACCAGGGCUGGCCCGAGUCGUUCGGGUUCGGGAUAAGCGGCUCGGGCCCGUGCUACAUCCUGUGGGUGCAGGAGGGCAGCAGCGCGGCGCGGGCGGGGCUGCGGCCCGGGGACGAGGUGCUGGAGCUGGAGGGGCAGCCCGUGUCCCGCCUGGGCCGGGAGGCGCUGCGGGCCCUGGCGCGGCGCUGCGGCAGCGUGCCGCCCAGCAUCGGCGUGGUGUCCCGGCUGCAGCGGGCCAGCAUCCCCCCGGGGCCCCGCGGCUGCUUCGGCUUCGAGCUGGGCAGCGAGAGCCCCCCGCGGGUGGCCAGCGUGAGCCCCGCGUCCCCCGCCGCGGCCUGCGGGCUGGAGCCCGGCGAUCUCCUGCUGGAGGUGGACGGGACCCCGGUGGCCGUGCCCGAGGCCGCGGCCCUGCUCGUGGGGUCGUGCCGCGGGCGGUGCCUGCGCCUGGCGCUGCUGCGGCCGCGGCGAGGGGACACGGCUGGGGACAGUGCCGGGGACGCUGCCGAGGACAUUGCCGGGGAUAGGAGGCAGAAGGCGCAGGAGUUCAGCAGGAAGGUGGACGCCAUCCUGGGGCAGCAGCCGCAGCUGAAGGAGAAGCUGUUCGCGGUGCUGAAGCAGUACGCGGCCCAGAGGAGCGUGGAGUGCCUGGCCCGCGGCCUGAGCCCGCUGCUCACCCACGAGUGCCACCGGCCCCUCAUGGACAGCAUCAGGAUUUUCAUCCCCAAGAAGCACCGGCAGCGCUUUGACGAGGUGGUGUCGCAGAGCCUCAUCAGCAAGCUGUGCCGCUCCCGCAGCGAGCACGGCAACCGCCUGCGCCGCAGCCGCAGCGAGGACCAGCAGGAGCGGCUGCUCGUGUCCACCCGCGCCAGCUCCGUGCCCCGCAGCCACGAGGAGCUCAGCAAGAGCCUCCGCAAAACCUCCUCGCUCGUCAGCAGCAACGUGGCCUCGGGGGCUGCCCGCAGAACCGUGCGAGUUUAUAAAGGCAACAGGAGCUUUGGCUUCACCCUCCGCGGCCAUGCCCCGGUGUGGAUCGAGUCCGUCCUGCCAGGGAGCCCGGCGGAGAAGGCUGCGCUCAAAGCUGGAGACAGGAUCCUGUUCCUCAACGGCCUGGACAUGAGGAACUGCUCCCACGACAAGGUGGUGUCGAUGCUGCAGGGCAGCGGGGCCAUGCCCACCUUGGUGGUGGAAGAGGGCAUUGUCAGCUUCUCCAACGACUCUGACUCUGCCGAGUCCCCGAGCAGCUCCUCGGCCCUCACCUCCCUGCAGUGGGUGGCAGAGAUUCUCCCCUCUAGCAUCAAGAUCCAGGGAAGGACGUUCACGCAGCAGCUGGAGCACCUGCUGACCCCCCCCGAGCGUUUCAGCGUCUGCAAGGCCCUGGAGGGCUUCUUCCACCACCGGACCAUUGACACUCUCAUUGUGGAUGUGUACCCGGUGCUGGACACCCCAGCCAAGCAAGUCCUCUGGCAGUUUAUCUACCAGCUGCUGAGCUACGAGGAGCAGGAGCACUGCCAGCAAAAGCUGGACAGGUUUCUGGGGUGCAAGGCCUUGGCAGCCGAGGCAGAGGCUGAGGAUCGGUACCGCAGCUCCAUCCGAGGGGCCUCCCUGUGCCGGGGCAGCCUCAGGACCCCCCGGCCCGAGGAGGGGGCAGCAGGCAGUGACACCGUGGAGGUCCCCGUGCGCCUGAUCCCUGGAGAGAGACAGGCUGGAGAUGGCACGUCCCUCCCGGAGACACCCAACCCCAAAAUGAUGUCAGCUGUGUAUGCGGAGCUGGAGAACCGCCUGAUCGGGGGCUUUGGUGGCAAGGUGGGCAACGCUGCCCUGCACAGGACAUCCCCCCCUGCCCCCGAGCUGCCACACGCUGCUGCAGGUGGCCGCAAGCCGGGGCUGGCGUGGCCGAGCGAGCUGGCGAGCCAGCCGUGCUACUACCGGCUGCACAGCAGCGUGGCCUCGCCCUGCAGCACCGAGUCCAACCCCUACGUGAGCCUGGACAGCAGCCCGGCCCCGUCGCCCACGCGCCGGCCGCGCUCGCCGCUGUCGCGGCGCAAGAAGCUGUUCACCUUCUCGCGGCCCCCGCGCAGCCGCGACACCGACCGCUUCCUGGACGCGCUCAGCGAGCAGCUGGGCCACCGCGUCACCAUCGUGGAUGAGUUCCUCACCCCCGAGAACGACUACGAGGAGAUGAGUUUCCAGGAUGACCAGGGCAGCUACGUCACCAACGAUGUCAGCAGCAGCGAGUACAUCAGCAGCAGCGACGAGGGCAGCUCCCUGACCUACUCCACGCUCUCGGACCACAUCCCCCCGCCUCCGCUCAGCCCCCCGCCCCCGCCGCCCCCCCUGCCGUUCCACGACCCCCAGGGCGGCCCCGCCAAGGCCGAGCCCCCCAAGGGCAGCGUGGCGCCCGUCCCCAAGUCCCUGGUGAGCCACCUGCACCCGGUGCCGCCGCCGCCGCCGCCGCCGCCGCCGCCCCCCGUGCCCUGCGCCCCCGCCCUGCACCGCGGGCUGCUGCACCGCCGCAGCGACUGCAACCACAUGAGCGUCAAGAGGCUGCGCUGGGAGCAGGUGGAGAACUCGGAGGGCACCAUCUGGGGACAGCUCGGAGAGGACUCGGAUUACGACAAGCUCAGUGACAUGGUCAAAUACCUCGACCUGGAGCUGCACUUUGGCACUCAGAAGCCCACGAAGCCAACUCUCAUGCCUGAAAACUUUAAAAAGAAAGACGUGGUUGAAAUUUUGUCCCACAAAAAGGCCUACAACACAUCCAUCCUGAUCGCGCACCUGAAGCUGUCGCACGCGGAGCUGCGGCAGAUCCUGAUGACGAUGGAGACGGAUCGCCUGGAGCCCUCCCACAUCAAGCAGCUGCUGCUCUACGCCCCGGACGGGGAGGAGGUGCAGCGCUUCCAGAGCUACAAGGAGAGCCCCGGCAAGCUCAGCGAGCCCGACCAGUUCGUGCUGCAGAUGCUGUCGGUGCCCGAGUACAAGAUCCGCCUGCGCAGCCUGCACUUCAAGACCACCCUGCAGGAGAAGACCGAGGAGAUCAAGGCCAGCUACGAGUGCAUCUGCAAGGCCUCCCUGGAGCUGAAGAGCAGCAAGAAGCUGGCAAAGAUCCUGGAGUUCGUGCUGGCCAUGGGGAACUACCUGAACAACGGGCAGCCCAAGACCAGCAAAACCACAGGCUUUAAAAUCAACUUCCUCACCGAGCUGAACACGACCAAGACUGUGGAUGGCAAAUCCACCUUCCUGCACAUUCUCGCCAAAUCCCUCAGCCAACACUUCCCAGAGCUCCUGGGCUUUGCCAAGGACCUUCCCACGGUGCCGCUCGCUGCCAAAGUGAACCAGAGGACCCUGACAGCCGACCUGAAGGACCUGCACAGCACGGUCAGUGACAUCCAGAAGGCGUGUCACAGCAUGCCCGCCACCGCCGAGGACAGGUUUGCCAUUGUCAUGACCUCCUUCCUGGAGAGUGCCCAGCCCGCCAUGCGCUCCCUGGACGACCUGCAGCACAAGGCCAUGGAGGAGUUCAGCAAGGUGCUGUCCUUCUUCGGGGAGGACUCAAAAAUGACAACCUCCGAAGCCUUCUUUGGCAUUUUUGCAGAAUUCAUGAGCAAGUUUGAGCGGGCUCUCAGUGACGUGCAGGUGGGCGAGAGCCAGCGCAGCCCCAGGAUGACCUCUCCCCUGGCCUGGUGACCGCCUGCAGCCACCUGAGGUGCAACAGCUCCUUGCCAACAAAGUGCAAUUUGCUCCUGUCCAGCGUGGUGUAAAUACGCUGCUGCCUCCUGCUCCCAGCCAGCAGGGUCACCGACAGAGGGGCCGGGGCAGGCACUG